UUUUACCCAAUAGAUACAGUAUGCUCUCAUCUCGCUUCCUGAAGCAGUCCCUCCGCGGAGGUCUCUCCAAGGCCACCUCCCGGACUCCGCCCGCUGUCCUCCCCCGCCGCCAGUUCGCCAUAACCGCCGUCCAGCGGACCCAGAUCUCCGAGGUAAUCACCAGCGACCACCGCGACCUCGAGGACGCCUACAACCACAUCAAGGGCGCCGCGAACGAAGAGGACCAGGUGAAAUGGCAGAACCAAUUUACCUGGGCGCUGGCCCGCCACUCUCUGGGCGAGGAGCUCGUGAUAUACCCGUCCAUGGAGAAGCACCUGAACAACGGCCCCGAGAUGGCCGAGCACGAUCGCAUGGAGCAUCAAGUCGUCAAAGAACUCCUCUACAAAUUCCAGGGGCUCAAGCCCACCGACCCGGAAUUCAUGCCGGUGCUGGAGAACCUCUGGGGCAACCUCGCACAACACAUCAAGGAGGAAGAAGGGAAAGAUCUGCCGCAGCUGGAGAAGACCUUGGACGAGGGGGAGUCUCGGCAGAUGGCGGCCUCGUUCCACCGGACGAAGCAGUUUGUGCCGACGAGGAGUCACCCCAAUGCCCCGAACAAGCCGCCUUUUGAGACCGUCGCGGGGUUGAUGGCGGCGCCGAUGGAUAAGAUUAGGGAUAUGUUUAGGUCAUUUCCGGAGACGAAGGAUCAGGCGACCAAGUAAAUUCUCAUGGGGGGUGGGGAGGGUGGCUAGGAUGCUGUAUUAUUUUC